ACUGAUUCUGAAGUUGAAGGUCUAGAGAAAAUGUCCUAUUACCAGAAUGACUAUAAAAAGAAUGAUGAAGUGGAGUUUGUCCGAACUGGCUAUGGAAAGGAUAUGGUAAAAGUUCUCCAUAUUAGGCGAGAUGGAACAUAUCACACCAUUAAGCAGGUGACAACAUCAGUGCAGCUUACUCUGAGCUCCAAAAAAGAUUACCUGCAUGGAGAUAACUCUGACAUCAUCCCUACAGACACCAUCAAGAACACAGUUCAUGUCUUGGCAAAGUUAAAAGGAAUCAAAAGCAUAGAAGUCUUUGCUCUGAAUAUUUGUGAGCAUUUCCUUUCUUCUUUUAGCCAUGUAACCCGAGCUCAUGUCUGCGUGGAAGAAGUCCCUUGGAAGCGUUUUGAAAAGAAUGGAGUAAAGCAUGUCCAUGCAUUUAUUCACACUCCCACUGGAACGCAUUUCUGUGAGGUUGAACAGAUGAGGAGUGGCUCUCCAGUCAUUCAUUCUGGAAUCAAAGACCUGAAGGUCUUGAAAACAACCCAGUCUGGAUUUGAAGGAUUUAUUAAGGACCAGUUCACCACCCUCCCCGAGGUGAAGGAUCGGUGUUUUGCUACCCAGGUGUACUGCAAGUGGCGUUACAGGAACAAAGAAGUGGACUUUGAGGCCGCCUGGGCCACUGUGCGGGACCUGAUACUGAUGAAAUUUGCUGGCCCUUACGACAAAGGAGAGUACUCACCUUCUGUCCAGAAGACCCUCUAUGACAUCCAGGUGCUCUGCCUGAGUCAGGUGCCUGAGAUAGAAGAUAUGGAAAUCAGCCUUCCCAACAUUCAUUACUUUAACAUAGACAUGACCAAGAUGGGACUGAUCAAUAAGGAGGAGGUCUUGCUGCCACUAGACAAUCCAUUUGGUAAAAUUACUGGUACAGUAAAGAGGAAGCUGUCUUCAAGGCUGUGACAUCGUUGACACUGGUAGAAGUUUAAGGGAUUCCUUAUGCCACUUGUGAAGCUAGAAAUCAGAGUCAGCAAUUUUUCAACUGAAUACGUUGAUUUAUAGUGUCCAUUUUCCUCCAACAUCCAAGAAUUUCUUCUACGCCUAUCCCAGCAAGAUCUCUUGUGAUUACUAAUCAUUAUAGCAUGUUUUGUGAGUUCAGUUUACUUCACAGAUGCUGAGAAAUAGAAGAACAAUCAUAAAUCAAUACUUUGUUGUCAUUGUUUGGUACCUACGUAUCCAAGGAAAGUUUUAGAAUCAGUCCACUAAGAAAAUAACCAUGAAUUAAUGGAGACACUUUAUCUACUGAAGUAAGCACAAGUUUAAGAAGCUAGUAUUGUUUUUAUUCUACUGUUGUCUACAGAGAAAAUUCAGCUUCUGGUAAUUCAUAAAAUACAUGAACAAAAUUGUACCUUGGAAAAUAUUACCAUUGUGGGCUCAGUCAGACAGAAUAUUUAAAUUUUGUUUGUUGUUGGAUCACAGCUGGUGGUGCUUAUUCCAGGUCUUAUUCCUGGCUCUGCACUUAAGGAUCAUUUCUAGUGGUGCUUGGGGGACCAAAUGGGACUCCAGAGACCAAACACAGGUUGGCUGAGAGCUAGGCUAGUGCCGUAUCCACUGUACUAUCUCUCUGACCCCCAGAAUAUUUUUGAAUCUUUAAGAAUGCUGUAAUUUUUGCAUUAUUGGGUGAUCAUUCUACUCUAAUACUACUUUUGUGAUUUUAAAGUAUUGAUUUUGUGAUUUCUACAGCACUUAAAGAAUAACAGCCAUUGCGACUAUGAAAUAAAAAUGUGUUUUGUUUGAAUAAGCAUCACUUUAGCAUGAACAGUCACAUUUAAUAACUACUGUGUCAGUACAUAUAGAAAGAAGAUCAGAGAAUGAAUGUAUGAAAAUAACAAUGAGAAUUUCUGGAUGGCGGGAUUGAGUGAUCUUGUGCUUUACCAUGUGAUUUUCUGAAUCUUCCAAAUAUGGUAAUUUAUUACUUUUAUAAUCAUAAAUAAAUAUAUAAAUGAGGAUUUAAAUGUGUGUACAGUCUUGAAUGUUGAUUAUAGUUAUACAAACUAACUACUAUAUAACUUUAUUUUCUUACUACUUUUCUUUUUAUUUGGAGGAGGGCAUACCUGGCAGUGCUUAAGACUUACUGCUGGCUCUGUGCUCAGGGAUCAGUACUGGUAGAGUUCAGGGGAACCACAUAGGGUCGUAGGGAUUGAGCUCAGGACUGGCUUCUGCAAGGCAAGUACCUUAGACACUGUAUUAUCUACUAUAAUUUUAGAAAACCAUAAUGAACCAUAACUACAUGAUAAUCUUACUUUCUUAUGUUAAACUUUCCAUUUAUUAAAAAACAUUAUAUUACAAUAAUAAAAAAUUAAAAUGCUUA